AAGAGCAUAUAUUCAUGGCAAACAGCAAAUAUGAGUAUGUCAAGUGUUUCGAAUUUGAGGACGAGGUCAUGUUUCCCAAUCUCAUCCUUGUUUGGAUCAAUGCCCGUAGCUAUCCUCUCAUUCACAAACCUUAUGAUGAAAACGCCUUGAAAUUGAUGAACUCUUGUGCUAUCGCGGUGCUCCAAGAGUAUGCUGAUGUAGUCCUUGCUUAUGGGUUCAGUGAUGAGUAUACUUUUGUUUUCAAGAAGAGCUCCAAGUUCUACGAAAGGCGUGCUAGCAAAGUGCUAUCUAUCAUCACUUCCUUUUUCUCAUCUAUCUUUGUGAGAAAAUGGAGUGAAUUCUUCCCGCAAAAGGAACUACAGUAUCCUCCUUCGUUCCACGGGCGAGUCAUAGCCUGUGCAUCCAUUGAAUCCCUUCAAGCGUAUCUUUUGUGGAGGCAAAAUAUCUGUCAUGUGAAUAACCAAUAUGAUCAAUGCUUCUCUCGUCUUGUCAAACGUGGAAUGACUGAGAGUGAGGCACGGGAUUUCCUAAAGGGUGCUGAGAAAUGCAAUCUAAACAAUCUUCUAUUCGAUGAGUUCAAUGUCAACUACAAUACUCUGGAGCCCAUGUUCCGACAAGGGUCUUGUGUUUUAAAGACAAUGGUCGAGGAUGUUGUGAAGUACACGGAGAAAGGUGUUCCCAUUAAAAGGCACAAGAGAAAGAUAAUCACUCUGCAUUCGAAGAAAAUAGCAAGUAAGAGAUUUUGGAAUGAGCAGAGUGUUCUUUUGAAGGAGCUUGGUGGGUUUGUGGAGGAGAUUGACAAUGUGAAAGCAGAGUAUGUGAGGUCCUUUGAAUUUGAUAGCAAGUUGAUGCCAUCUACAUGGAUUGUAGUUCGACUAGAUGGAUGCCACUUCCACAGGUUUUCCGAGAUACAUGAAUUUGUGAAGCCAAAUGAUGAGAGGGCUCUUAAUUUAAUGAAUUCAUGUGCAAUGGCUGUUUUAGAAGAGUUUCCACAGGAUAUAGUCUUUGCCUAUGGGGUUAGUGACGAGUAUAGCUUUAUUCUUAAGAAAACUUGUGAUCUUUAUCGAAGGAGAGCUAGUAAAAUCGUUUCCGCCAUUGUGUCUUUCUUCACAUCCACUUACGUGAUGAGAUGGAAAGAUUUCUUCCCACAGGGUGAGUUAAAAUACCCUCCUUCUUUUGAUGGACGAGCAGUGUGCUAUCCAUCUACUGAGAUUCUACGGGACUAUCUUUCAUGGAGGCAAGUGGAUUGCCACAUCAACAAUCAGUAUAACUCUUGUUUCUGGAAGCUUGUUGCAUCUGGAAAAAGCAAAAAGGAAGCCCAGCAUAGUUUAAAGGGUGCUCAGCUGCAAAAGAAAAUUGAUGAAUUGGCUAUUGACUACAAUAAAUUACCAAUCAUGUUCCGACAAGGAUCCUCAGUUUUCUGGGACAGGGUAGACAAUGGUCUCAUUCAUCAGGAGAAUGGAGAGUCUUCUGAAAGUUAUGGAAAGGUCAUUGUAGAACACUACGACAUCAUUGGAUCAGCCUUUUGGUUGGAACACCCAAGCAUCCUUGAUUGUACGCAAUAGAUAUGCAUGCAAGCCUUAAAUCCCUUUACGUUCCUCUU